AUGGCUAUCUCCAUUCACUGCAAGUCUUGUUCUGCUAUAACCACCAUUAAUAUACUGCCAUGCCUUCUUCUCAUAUUCCUCACUGUUUUAACCACCUUCUCUUGGAACUCAGUUUCAGUCUCUGCUGCAGCUGUUGAUCAAGUCUCUUAUGCCGAUCAUUGUGCUUCAAUUGUUCCCGAGUCAACCGUGAAACCCUACAAUAUACGACGUGGUUACUUUGGCUAUCCCCUAACAGGUUACUACAAUGGUGGCGGCAGUGGAAUUCUCAUUCCAAAGUCAUCAGAUCAUGUCCAAAACUCAUUUGAAUUCACCCCCUUGAGUGUUAGCGAAACUGAUGUACAAGGCUUAUUCAAGCUCGGAGCACAUAUACGUUUUCUUAGAGCCAGAACAUAUUAG